AUAUACAGAAAAAAAAGUUUCAUUUUAAGAAAUUGUAAUUUAUCACGCACGUUUUUUUUAUUAAAAAAGAAGACGAUCAUUAAAUAUUAAAUAUAAAGAUCGGCGCAGAGAAGAACUGAGCAUCGACGCAUGCGCUCCAACUGCAGCUUUCCGGACUACAAAUCUCCAUUCUCCUCGAGUCAGAACAACAGUCUUCCACUUUUUUUUUUGGUUGCAAGAAAAAAGUACCGGUCGGUUUAAGAAAACGUUAAAAAUAUACGGAGAAGAGAAUUUUGGUGAAAUAAGAAUGGACGCUGGUGUCUUUGAGAGCCAGACCCGGGCCGCGGUAGAGCUCUCUGUCCGGGCCGCUGCCGCCGCGCUGCAGCAGGACUGGACCGCCGGAGGAGGCGGGGCAGCGGCGGCCACAUGCCCCCGAAUCCUCCAGGACAUGGGGAGAGACUUAACCGAGAAAAUAAGCCAGCUGCACCGGGACUCGUCCUCGGAACUGCUGCGUGAGAACCGGACUAUGAGGGCGGAAGUGGGGCGGCUGGAGGCCGAGCUGAAGAGCAACAUCACGGCCGCUUUCCAGCUGGAGAAGCAGCUGCGGAGCCAGGUGGGCCGGCUGAGGAGGGGGCUGGCCCUCCUGGACCGGGACCUGAGGAGGGUGAGAGGGGAGCAGACCAGGGAGCUGCUGCAGGGGGAGCCCAACAGGGGUAUCCUGCAGAGCCGGACAGCUGCAGCUUCAGGCCCGCAGUGUCAGGCCCGCAGCUUCAGGCCCGUCAUUGUGUCGCGACAGCGCCACGUGGUUUGGAGGAUAAACAACAGCAUUUCUACAGAAAAUAUAGCUGACAUUAAAGCGAUGCACAUCACAGUGCGAGAAGGGAGAUCCCUGCCUGAAAUCAGGAGAUGCAGCACAUGCUGCGAUGACUUCCACUGCCCUUUUUGUAGCUCAACUUUUUUUAAGCCAACAAGUUUGAGUAAGGUCAAAAGACAUUUAGAGACCCAUUUCAACCGGGCAGUUUUCCAUGGAGGGUAUACAAUUCACAGAUGUGGCUUAGGUUGCCGACCACAGUGGCAUUACCACUGCCCUCACUGUCAGUCGACGCUGUCAAGGAGAGCUGAUUUCACUAAACAUUUAGUAGUUUGCAAAAAGAAGCCCAAACCUGCACCAACUUCCAUCAAACUCCUGCAACAAGCUCCAUCCCAGCUCCAACAUCCUCCUGCACCCAGCCUGGUACGUGUGGUGCUACCGCGACAGAAUGAGGGGCCUGAAACUGAAGCUGCGGUCCUGAACCUGCAGCUCUCCGGCUGUGCAGGAUCGGAGUGGGGAGAGAGGAGCCUGAGCGGCCCGGUGCAGGUGCUGCUGCAGACCGGAUCAGUGCUCGGAACCCCUGCAGUGUCUCUGUGCAGCAGUCAGACGGUGGCGGACCCUGCCGCUCUGUCGCUGGCCGUCCUGACAGGUCAGACCUCCGCUCAGCCCUCGGCCCCGCUGAUUGUGACAAGCCAGCCUCGGCCUGAUCUCACCUCUGUGCCCGUCAGUCUGAGUCUGACCGCUGAGGAAGACGCUAGACGAGCUGCUGACAGUCAGCCGGCCUCAGCGUCAGAGGAAAACAAACCUGUUGAUUCAUCAGUAAACCACUCCCAACCUCAGGAAACAGUGACAAAACUCUGUGAAGAUAAACCUGAAGAUGCCGGAGAGAAGUCAGCAGACCAGAUCAGGGAGGAGAACAGGAGGAGGAGGGAGAAGCAGCAACAGAAGCGAGUCUUCUGUGAGAAAUGCAACAAAGGCUUCCACUACCGGCAUCAGCUGAAGCAGCACAUGAGCUGCCACGAUAAGCCUUUCUCCUGCCACCUGUGCGACAAACGUUUCCACAAGGAGCAGACUCUGCAGACUCACCUGCUGGCCCACAAGGUGAAAACGGAAAAAGAGAAGAAAAUGUGGCCGUGUAGCCAGUGUGACGCACAAUUUAGACUCCAGAAGAACCUCAAAGAGCACCUGCUGCACCAUGAACCAGACAAGUCCUUUAAGUGCUCAGUUUGUGAGAAGACAUACAGUAAGAUGCAUCUGCUGAAACGACACGAGGCUGUCCACGCCAGAGUCCGUCCAUUUGUCUGCGACAUCUGCGGGAAAGGAUUUACCACCAAGAGCGUCCUGCAGGAGCACCAGUCCAUUCACACCGGAGAAAAACCUUUCACCUGCACCACAUGUGGGAAGAGUUUCAGGACAUCUGCUCAUCUUUUUUCUCACAAGAGAGUUCAUUCAGAGGAGCGGCCGUUCAGGUGCUCCGACUGCGGCAAGACGUUCAAGCUGAAACGAGCGCUGGUGCAGCACCGGGUCGUCCACACGGGGGAGAAACCCUUCGUCUGCCAGAUGUGUGGGAUAAGAUUUGGUCUGAAGAACAACCUGCGGAGACACCUCCGCGUCCACAAAGACGAGACACCCUUCAGGUGCGAGGAAUGCAAGAAGGAGUUCCCAGGAAGCUGGGCGUUCAAAACCCACAUGCUCGUUCACGGUGCCAAGAAACGGUUUAUGUGCGGGAAGACACUUCUCAACUCCAAACUGCUGGAGCACCAAGAAAGUCAUGCAGAGGAAAACAACUUCAUCUGCGCUACCUGCGGGAAGACCUUCCACCGUAAAUGUACGUUUGUCUACCACAUGCGGCGGCACGGCGAGGAGAGGCUCGACAGCUGCAGCGUCUGUGGGAAGAGAUUCUUGCAGCUGAGCCGACUCAGAGAUCACAUGACGCUCCACACCGGAGAGAAAAGAUACACCUGUGAACAGUGCGGCAAAGCUUUCAGGACGCGCAACAACUUCCACAGACACACUAAACUCCACAGAGGAGAGCGGCCGUUCGAGUGCCAGGUCUGCAGCAGUAAGUUCAGCCAGUCCAAUCAGCUCAAGUCACACAUGCAGAUCCACACCGGCGUCAAGCUGUACUCCUGCCACACCUGCAGCCGAGGCUUCUCCGACUCCAGGCAGCUCAAGAGGCACAGCUGUGGUGAUGGCUCUCAGAAACCGAUGCUCGACACAGGAAACAGCAGAACGCUGACAUGACCAAGCCUGUUUUUGACUUUUCUGUCAUCCGAUGUUCCAUUUCUUUUACAGAUGUUUUAGGUUGUUGCCAUGGUGUCAUUGCAGUAUUUGUGUUAAGAUAAUUAGGCAGGUUAUUGUAUGAAAGUCAUGAUUUUGGUACACUAUUAUCAUCAACAUUACACUUUAUUUAUACUAUUACUUCAUGUUAAACUGUUUACAUUUUAGUUUUUUGCACCUUGCUGAUAAUCUUAUAUGUUUUAUUUAAAGUAUUAUUUACAGUCCAUGCAGAUGCUGCACAAUAAUUACCCUUGAAAUAAAUAAAGUUGUAUCUUAUAAAAUAGAUGUUGAGGUUAAUAAUUACAUUUGCAAGUUUGGCUGGUGGAAGUAACAAAAACAAAUGUAUAACAAUGGAGGUGAUGUGAAUGUAUGUGAAUUGAACAAUAAACGGGUAGAAAAUGGAAUUGAAGCCAUAAAUAGAGUGAUAAACUAGUCAAUCGCUAAUCAAGUGAUUUGAUUUAUUUUAAGCUGAUUAAAACCCUUGUGAUGUGAUGAAAAACA